AUGAACUUGUCUUCUGAGCACUGCAAUGUAUCGGACUGGCUGAGGCUAGAAGCAACAGUGAAGGCCUCUGUCUAUGUGGUUGCUUUCUCUUUUGCCAUGUUCAUCACUGUCAUCAUUAUUGUAAUAGUGUCACAGAAUUUGACACUGAGGAAAGAGGUCCGAUACAUCCUCCUUUGCCAUCAUCUGCUGUGCAUCUCCUCCUACUGUGGCCUGGGGAUUGUUUUCCAAGGAAUGCAGGCCCUGCUGGCUGACAGCCCCCUGCUGAUCUGCUGGCUGGUGUUUGGGGCACAGAUAAGUGCUGGAGAAGGGAUUCUCUUCACUCUGGCCUUGAUGGCUCUCAACACUUAUGUGGUGAUCUGCUGGCCACUGAAAUCUCUGUCUUUUGUAGAUUCAGUUAAGUAUAGGGUUCUGGCUGGGACCUGGACAACCAUCAUACUCAAGAACAUCUCCUUAUUCCUCAUAGAGGGCACCUACCCCAGUACGGUUGCCAUUUUAAAAUCUGAACCCAUCUGCCCCGUGAUCUUGAAUGGCACUCCUGCCAGAGCCAUUAGCAUGGUUUUCCUUUUCAUUCUUUUGUCUGUCAUCCUUAUAAGUUACUUUCUGAUAUACCAAGAAGGGAAACGGGCUGGCCAUUUUAAUAGGUCAAAUGUCAAAGCAAGGAAAACUGUCCUUAUCCAUUUAGUGCAGAUAAGUUUACAUGUAAUACCAACGCUGCUAGUCGUAGGUUUGGGGAAGAAAUGUGGAGUGUUUUUCUUUGCUUUAAAUUGGGUGCUUUUCGGUGUCUUUGCAUUUGCCCACUGUUUUAACCCUCUGAUCUAUGGGCUCCAGAACAGAGAGCUGCAAAGCAGAUUGCACCGUUGGAGGUGCUGUCAGCUGUGCUGUGCUCACACAAUGAACAGCAAGGGGGCCAGGUUAGCCAACACUUAG